UCAGAUGUGCAUGCACAAAAAAAGAGGAAAAUAGAAAAGAAGGUGUCCAGCAGCAACUAUGUGACAGAUAGACAACGCGGAGUCGCGGACCCUCGGCUCUGCUCGCAGGAACCGCAACCAGAGUCCCCACCACGUCCCUCCGGACGACCGUGGCAGCAUCCCCCGCAGCGCUUUUGAGAACGUUUGAAUGGAAAGUUUGCGGAAAUGCUGACGUGACGCUUGUGAUGCUACGCAUUUUCCCAGCACUAUGAUGACACACUCUGAUGGACGGUACUGUUACAUCUGCAGGGCCUUGAUGUCGGUGAAUGCUUCUUCGUAAUGAAGUCCAGCAUGAGGCAGUGGCGGAGGCUCACAUUGGUGGGAAUGCUGGCCUGGGUUUUCUGGGUUUUUUUCUCCUAUUUCCUGGACGCCCAGGUCAACAGUUCCCUUACCUCCAUUGGCUCCCUGCUCUACCACGCUCCUGACACCCGCCGUCUGUCCUCCAUUCCGGCCUCCCAUCAGCAAAAUGCCAUCGGAGUCUCUGGUUCAACCCCGACUUCGCCGGGAGACGUGCGAGAUCCUGAGCCUCAAAGCAGCUCUGUGACCUCCAGCGUGGAGACGAGCCGCAACCCUAACAGUGCACCCUACGCCAACUAUGGCAGCGAGGAGAUGAACCGGCAGGACUACAUGGACCCGCAGAGUCUAGCGGCUUGGUCUUCCUUUGGCACGGAGAAUGUGGAUUCUCACUCAGACCCAGUGCUCCAGAGUCACGAGAGAACUUCCCAAACAAUGGAAUAUCAAAACCAUGUGAGAAGAGCACAUCACCCUGGAGGAGAGGAAGAAGAUGAGAGAGAAAACGUAACUGUAGAGAAGUCUGCAUCAGUUUUGAAACUCUUGUGGAAGGGACGCUUGUCCGUUGACAUGCUAGACCCUUGGCUGCAGCGAGCUCAAAAAAAAUACAUGGAGGCCAACACACACCACGUGGCCUACAAGGGGCCCCGCCAGGCCUCUCGAAGUGCCAAGGAACUGCUUUGUCAGAUGAAGGCUAAGGCCCGGCUGAGUACGAUAGACGGGUCGGAGAAGCCAUUCUCCUCACUGGGAUGGGCCCACCUUGUGCCAUCCCUUCCGCUGGGGCAGCUGCACAGUUCCCAGGGUCAGAGCAGCUUCAAGACCUGCGCCGUGGUCUCAUCUGCCGGUGCAGUCUUACGAUCUGGCCUGGGAAAAGAGAUCGACGCUCAUGACGCUGUGGUGAGGUUCAACGCGGCGCCCACCAAGGGCUACGAGAAAGACGUGGGCAAGAAGACCACCAUACGCCUCAUCAAUUCAAGGAUUGUGGCAAGUCCAGAGUUCAAGACCAGUUCUCUUUACAAGAAUGUAACCUUGGUGGCCUGGGACCCGCCACCUUACACGCUCAACCUGCACGAGUGGUAUGCCAGUCCAGACUACAACCUGUUUGGACCGUACAUGAAACACCGCAAAUUCCAUCCCGACCAGCCCUUCUACAUUCUUCAUCCCAGUUACCUUUGGGGCCUUUGGGAUGUGAUACAGGGCAACACAAAAGUGAACAUCCAGCCCAACCCUCCCUCAUCUGGCUUCAUCGGAAUCGCCCUGAUGAUGGCGCUGUGUGAGCAGGUGCACGUAUAUGAGUUCAUCCCCUCGAUGAGGAAGACCGACCUGUGUCAUUACUACCAGCGUCAUUUCGACGAGGCGUGCACUCUGGGCUCCUACCACCCACUUUUGUACGAGAAGAGGCUCAUUCAGCGGAUCAACAGCGGCACAGAGGGCGACCUGCGUAGGAAGGGUCGGGUCACACUCCCAGGCUUCCGCACCUUCAACUGUGACAUUUGAAAGCUGACUCACUGAGGCUAAGUCUAACCUAGGAUGGAUAAUGGCCAGAACAUUAGUUAGACGAUAAGGCAUGUCGGUUACACUAAUGUAGCUCUUGUCCGGAGAUUUUAUUACACGGAGUAGGGGGCAGUGUAAUUUCAUAAACUUCGGACCGGCUGCCUAAUAUAGACGACGUAUCUGUAUAGUAAUGAGAUACAAAGGAAGUGACAUCACAGAGCGCCCCAUCGCCAUUUUUUGUGUGGCAUUAUGGCAUCGUAAACAUGGUACAGAUGUGGCUUUCCUAUUCUUCCUUUUAAAAGUGAACGCGCUUUUAAAUCUUACGCUUGAAUAUGUCAUCGAACAAUGCCGAAAAAUGAUAACCUUCCGGUUCAGAGGUUACCCACGUAGAUGAUGACAUCACACACAAGGUUGCUCCUUUUUGCGCAUGCAAAUGCAGGCGUCCCGGGCGUUUUAAACGCACCUUAAACGUUGUGCCGACAGGUCUAAAAUAUUGUCCGAAUACACAAGGCAAAAAAAUUAUCCGUCCUAGUGUUGACGUAGCCUGAGCUCACAUUAUGUAACUCUGACCUAUUCUGGGCACAAUAAGGGCGUGGUGCAAUAAAGCCACUGGAGAUGUGGAGGCUGUAACGGAUGGCGGCGAAGGCUUACAGUUUCUGAUUAGAUGGAUGAAAACACAAGCCAUUGCACUUCAGGGUUGUUGGGGGCUCAACAUAGAGGCUUUGCUGGGAACUUGUUUUCAUCGAGAUGUUCUUUGGGACUACAGGCUGCUGAAGAAAAGAUACCCGUGACAGCGUUGAAAAAGACAUAUCUGCUUUAGCUGAGCCAUGUUAGCUAUGGGGCUGACUUAGCGUAGCCACAGGUUUUAACGAGUUCUUAGGGAAUUUUCAAGAUUUUAUUUGAUGUAAAAUGUCUUACUUACUUACUAAACUACUUAAGACAGUACCAGAUUCGACGUCAUCCCUGUGGGGUGUUGAUAUUCGGUGUCGGAAAAGCCACCCCACCUAGUUCUGUCUCCCUCAAUUUUACGGGCUAUUUAGUGAAAGACCUUGCAGUUUUCCUGCUGGCCUUCCUUCACCAAAUGUAUGUCCUUCUUAUUGAUUUUUUUCAUAAUGAAUAAUGACAUUUUAUUGGACUAUUGAGUAUGUUUAUAGUGGGAAGCACAGUUCCCGUUUGAGCGUCCUUGGGUCUGAAAGGACAAUGGUCAUCAAAUAAAGCAUUUUUCUCGUUUACGGAAUAUAACUGGGCAUAGCUUACAAGGGCAAAAAAUAGAAUCGCCCACAUAUUCUUUGACAACCACUAUGUGUGCUGCUUUUGCUGAACGGUUGUUCCUUGUUGAGAGAAAAUAGAAUCGACUUUGUUUAUACUAAAUGUUAUGGAGCUAGAACAGUCUCAUAAUGUACACAUGCACAUUUUCGAUGUACACCAGUGUUGUUAUAGAUUACUUGAAAAAAAUAUUCAAUGGAGUUGAUUUCAACCACCAUUGACUCACACUAGCUUAGCCACUCCGGAGCCCUGAAACUAAUAAAUAACCGACAAACUGCAUGGAAUUUGUUAAAAACAACUCCACCGACUAAUUAAACCCCAGCUAACUUGAAGAUUAAACCUAAUGUCAAAAAUUCUAAACUCCGGGUUAGUCCAUUUGGCCACAAAAUGUGGCGGCAACUAAGCAUUUUACACUCAGUUUGACUUACAACACAUUCCAGAGAUGCUAAACGAACAUGUCACUUCAUGGCAUAAAUGUGCAAUACAAAUAUGAUGUAAACAAUGCUCGCCGACUUGGCGAGAAGCGAAUCACUACCCGCCGCCGCUACGACGAAGCUACGAAACGGAUCACCUAUCGCUGGAACCCUCCAGAAUGAAGGAAAAAUACUCAAGUACAUUCAUGGGCACACACAGAACAACAUCUCAACAGGUGGCUGCGCGGGGCUCGAACGUGCACCCUCUCGCCUUUCUCAGUCCCAAAACACUUAACACGUGUGACUCGAGACCAAAACAGAAAGUAACUAUGAACGGUUACCGUGGAAACGAACGCGUAGCGGAAACCUUUUAACAUUUUCUAAAAUGCUCUUCGUACAUGACUACAAUAUUUUCAUUGUACAUACAUUAUGAAGCAAUAACAAAAUAGUAACGCACUAACACAAAGGAAACUAACUUUAAUCAGAUUACUGGUUUGGACAAAUGAACGCAUUAGAUCGUUCGUGACAGAAAGUAAUCAGAAUACAAUCGCGCGUUAUUUAGUAACGCGUUAGUGACAACACCGAUGUACACACGCAUUUGACACAAAACGCACAAACACAUCUAAUACAAAACACAUACAUUAUGGGAUUUAUAAACACAUCUGACAUAAAACACACACACACACACACACACUAGGAUUUAUAAACAUAUCUGACAUGAAAUACACAAACACACACAUCAAAUGUGUGUGUGAAUUGUCUUGCGCGAUGGAGUUGGUUUUAAUAAAUUUUGCUUAGUUUGUUAGUUAUUUGUUGGUUGCAGGGCUCCGGAGUGGCUAAGCUAGCGCGAGUCAAUGGUGCUACAGUGGUAUGAAAAAGUAUCUCAACCUUUUGGAAUUCCUCACAUUUCUGCUUGAAGUCAUCAUCAAAUGUGAUCUGAUCUUUGUCAAAAUCACACAGAUGUAAAAACACUGCUUUAACUAAAACCACCCAAACAUUUUAUUGGUUUUCUUAUUUUAAUGAAGAUAGCAUGCAAACAAUGACAGAAGGGGGGGAGUAAGUGAACCAUCUGCCUAAGGAAACCUAAAGAGCAAUUGAAACCAAACAAUUUAAGUCAGGUGUGUACCCAAUCACUAAUGAGUGGUUUAAAACUGCCCUGCCCUCUAUAAAACACACAUCUGGUAAGUAUUGUCUUGAUGAGAAGCAUUGUCUUAUGCGCAUCAUGGCUCGGUCAAAAGAGUUGCCUGAAGACCUGCAAUCAGGGAUUGAUUUGCAUAUACCUGCCUGAAGACCUGCGAUCAGGGAUUGUUGAUUUGUAUAUAGCUGAGAAAGGAUACAAAACCAAUUCCAAAAGUCUGGAUGUUCAUCAAUCGACAGUCAGAGAAGUUGUCUACAAAUGGAGAGAGUUUGGCACAGUUGCUUCUCUCCUAAGGAGUGGCCGUCUACCAAAGAUGAUGCCAAGAGUUCAGUGCAGGAUACUCAGAAAGGUAGAAAAGAACCCUAGAGUGUCUACUAAAGACUUACAUAAAUCACUGGCACCGUCCAAUAUCUCUGUGCACAUAUUAACUCUAUGUACAACUAUGGCCAAGAAGGGUGUUCAUGGGGGGACUCAACUGAGGAAUCCAAUGCUGUGUAAAAAUGACAUUCUUGCUCGUUUAAUGUUCGCAAAAAGGCACCAGGACACUCCACAGAAGUUUUGGCAAAAUAUUUUGUGGACUGGUGAAAACAAAGUUGAAUUGUUUGGGAGUAACACACAACGUCAUGUCUGAAAGACAAAUGGAACAGCUCACCAACAUCAACACCUCAUCCCCACUGUGAAGAAUGGUGGAGGGAGCAUCACGAUUUGGGGUUGUUUUGCUACCUCUGGGCCUGGACAACUUGCAAU